UCUAUCAUUUCCCCUCGCUCUCUCUCUCUCUCUCUCUCUCUCUCUCUACAAAACCAUCUUCUCUCGUGUUUUUGGGAUGGUUUCCAUCUCCAAAGCUUCCAAUUUCUUCAUCAGAGAGCUGAAACCUAUGCUAUGGUUUUCCUCCAUUUCUCUGUCUUUCUCCUUCCCUUCAUAAAAUCAACGAUUCCAGCUCAGAUCUUCCGACAUUUCUUCCGAUCCCUCCAAGUGUAAGCGCUGAAUUUCAUUUUCUUCGGUAUGACUCGACGGUUUCUCUCUUUUGGUUGAAUUUUCUUUCCCGAUUGAACUUUUUUUUAUUCUCAUUUGGUUGUAAUGGAAAGCUUGCUUGUCUGUAAAUCUUGUAAAAUUCGCGGAAUCGGUGGAUUUUUUGGGUUCUAAUUUCCGUGGAUUUGAUCAAAUGAUUUGAAUUUAAAGGAAGUUUCGGUUGAGCUGUUAUUUCGAUGAUAGGUGGUUGUUUGUAGACUAGGUGUUUGUGAUUUUGCUUGCACUGUUGCAAUUCUAGGGUUUGACCUUUGGCUGCUUUUGGGCAGAUUCCUGAUUUUAUUUUAGGGUUUUGUUGUGUACUUUGAAUUUAUACGGUUCAUUUGUAAAAUCUGAUUAUCAGAACGACUGGUUUUGUAUACUUUUUCUUUUUCCCCAUUUUUUUUUUCUUUUUUUAAUUUGAAAAUUUGGUUGGUUGGUGUCUGUUUUUUCCAUCCAUGGAUUAUGGAGGAGAAGCCGGAUUUUCUGCCAGUAAUGUUGGUCAGAUGAUGCUGGAAAUGCCUGGGAGUGGUUCUGACAAUUGGAUACCGGGAUUGGGCGAUCAGGCAAUUUGGGCAACAGAGGAUGACUAUGGGGCUUGGAAUGGAGAUGGGGCCGUUGACACUCUUUCAAACUCGAAUUACGAUGGCCGGCAGUCUCAGACACGGUCCGGAAGUGAACCGCCCAACAAGAAAUCGAGGAAUUCCCAAGGAGAUCGCGAUCUCGCUUCUGGGAACAGAUCUAAAGCAAUCGGGCGGAUGUUCUUCAAGACGAAACUUUGCUGCAAAUUCCGUGCAGGGACUUGCCCUUACAUAACAAACUGCAAUUUUGCUCACGGGAUAGAAGAGCUGCGGAAACCUCCUCCGAAUUGGCAGGAAAUUGUGGCAGCUCAGGAUGAGGACCGUGGUAUGUCGGAGCCGAGGGAAGAGCAUCAGAUACCAUCUCUGAGUUCAUCUGGGUUGGGUGGGGAGACUCAGAGGUCUUAUAAAGGGCGGCACUGUAAGAAAUUCUACACCGACGAGGGGUGCCCGUAUGGGGAUAUGUGUACUUUUCUUCAUGAUGAGCAAUCAAAGGCUCGGGAGAGUGUGGCGAUUAGUUUGGGUCCCACGGUUGGGAGUGGGUAUGGGAGUGGAAUGAACGGGCCGAAUCAGAAGCCUUCAAAUUGGAAGACUAGGAUCUGUAACAAGUGGGAGAUGACUGGCUAUUGCCCAUUUGGGAGCAAAUGUCAUUUUGCUCAUGGGAUGGGAGAGCUUCACAAAUAUGGUGGGGGGCUGGUGGACAUGGAUGGUAGAGAUCUUACUUCAGCUCCUCCAGAUUUGAAGCAAAUCGGGACAUCUUCACGGACUUCAGCGGAUACCGUUGCUGCAUCCAGUGCAUCGGUUCCUCACUCGGAUGUUUAUCAUAUGGGAGUCCCUGCUCAGAGGCCUGCUGGUGUAAGUCAGAGGCAGGCACAGAGGCCCCUUCAGAAAUGGAAGGGACCAGACAAGAUCAGUAGAAUUUAUGGUGACUGGAUUGAUGACAAUGAAUGGGAGCCAGCUCGGUAAUUUGGAGUGAGAACAUCGGAUGAAAACCAUAAAACUGUUGGCUGGCUGCUUAAAAUCCGAACAAGUUCACAUCUGGUAGAUUAUGCUUCUAUCCUGAUUUUGAUGAACAUGGGAACUAGUGCUGGUGUGCUUAGUUGUUAUUUAUGGAUGCUUUUAGACAAAGUGUCGAGGAAUCUGACGGUUCUCACUCAAGAAGCAUUUCUUUACUGCAUUUGGAUUUGUAGUGACAGGAAACUGGGCAAAUCUCUUUUGAGUGGAGCUGCGUGUUUGCAAGAACUGUCUUGGUGUUUUAGAUUGUUAAGAACUGGUUAAUUUCUUGACUAAGUGGAGCUAGGUAUCGGCAAGAGAAAUGCAUGACCAGUUGUUUGGUUCCUUCUCCAAUCAAUGAUGGCGAGCGAAUCUGAAGGAUUUAUACUGACUGCAGUUAGUGAACGGUAUGUUGGUUGGUUUCAUUUAUUGCAUGCUGAAGAAACCAUUGGAAUAAUGACAUGUCUCAUAUUUAACAUUCCACAUCUUGCUGCAUCCGCAUGCAUGCUCCUUUUGCUUUCGAAAUUAUUUGAAUGUUGUAACAUGAAUCGGGAUGUAGGAACAAACAUGUACCUUUACGUUGUUUGUGGUAAGUUUUACUGUCAUUUCUUCUUCAUACA